AUGUUCGCCUUUAUUUUCAACAACAGACCAAAAUAUAUCUGCAAUGCAGUGGAAAAGCGAUUGGACAGUAAAGUCAUGGAGUCAUUUAGGUGUAUACUCACGAAAGGGAUUCCAUUGCAAAUUGCCUAUCGAUAUCGAAGUUAUGGUAUCAGAUUAAAAAGUUUUGAUCCACCUUAUUUGUCUGUCAAACCACCUAUUCAUAUUUAUCAAAGUGUGCAGUUUGAUGUAAGAGGACAUGACUACGUGCAGCUAGAGAAGUUCACUUCAUACAUUCACAAGUUUUUCAUCAAUUGUGGUUAUGAAGUUAAAAAUUUUCCACUGCCUCCCAGCAAGAAGCUCUAUCGACUGUAUCAUACUAAUUCGACAAAUAUCCGGUCAGAUUUCGAAAUAUCUGAAUUUCGAAGAAUAUAUAGAAUAUCGGGUGUGAGAGCUGUUCAGUUACCAAUAUUAUUAGAUCUGAUCUACCAGAAUUUAUCUUCAGGGAUUAACAUUCAUAUCGGAAAGAUGGAUACUUCCUUAGAUGAAAAUCGUUUCGUUCCACAACUUGAAAAAGAAGCAUUGGAAAAGGAACUGUCGAAACUCAAAUUUUAA